AUGGAGCAAUGUGGGCUGAAAUCUGGAGAUGGUUCAAAUCGCACAAAUCCACUCGCCUUUAUAUCUCAAAAGUGGGUGGUUCUUGAAUUCACCAUCCUAGCCUGCUGUGGUCACCCAACUGAGGAUAUCGAAACGCGCCCGGCGGCGACCGUCACCCAGGAAUUCGGACAAAGAUUUCCUGGCCUAGAGAUGACCUCAGCAUUCAGAUUCCGAUCUUUCCACCUCGAUCUUCGACUAGCAUCUCCUAGGUCCCCAACUCUCGGAAACACAGCGACACGCAUAAUCUCUUCCGCAAUCCCGUGUCCCUGCAAAAACAGCAUACUCAGCGGGUUCGAGUUGGGUAGCCAGGAAUCUCCAAGUGAUGAAGAAAAAGUUAUACAUCAGAUUUUUGAACGCCUUGCUCAUGGCAAACAUUUCUUGCCUGUCGUCGUGCGUGCUCUCGCCACUUCCCGUUGCCCCGCUGCCGGCCCGAGCUGGAUACUGCCAAGCGUCGAGUUUUCUCCUUCAGCUUCCCUGCAGAUGUUUCCUCGCAGAUUUUUCCCUUCUGAUUACCCAUGUCCUGCAUUCCCACUGAAACCUGUUCCAUGCCCCCAUGAAGGGGCUUUUCGGACCACAGAGCCCAUAGCCGCCUCAUGCAAAUCCCCUAUAGGCUUGGAAGCCCCACCCGAUUUUCCACAUGGACACUGUUCCAUGUACAAAUCUAUUUGUGGCACACGGUUCGCGGGCCUCUUCCUGAGACAUGAUGAAGAGCUGAAGAACUGGUGCUACCGCACUGAAGCUUUUGUGCCGACAAGGCGAAAGUGGAGCCAUGCAUCCGCAUCCGCUUCUACCCAUCUCCUUUCAUUCGAGGCUGGCCAGCUAGAUGUCCUGCAUGAGUUUUCUCCGCACAUCCCCUGGACUGAUUAUUGGGGAACAUCUGCAGAUCGGGGCUCAGCACAAAAACACCCCUUUUGCUUGCUAAGCAUUCCUGCUCCCUGCCCACCUCGCACCAACGCUUCUGGAGAACAUACAGGUCAAUCCUUGGGAUCCUUCCAGACUCGCUACGUCCAAUACCCCCAGCCCACAGACAGCUUCCAAUCAAUCCAUGAAAAGAGACAGCAACACUACAUAUUCUACUACCGAGUACUCACAUCAAAAGUCCCCGCGACAGCGUUCUCCCAUACGUAUGAUAUGCGACGAAUGGCUACAUCUUUCACAAAUUUUAGCUCGAAGGAAAUAGGGGGCAGAUUUUUCUCUUUAGAUUGCUUAGCUAGCCUUUUUCUUGUCUUUUCGAAGGCUUGCCUGCCAGAGAGUCUCAUUAGGACACCUAACGAAAAUCCCACAGAUCUCGAGCAUCAUGUGGCGCCCAGUUAUGACAAGAAUAACGAGUGCUGCUAUCCACUUCUCAUCCUAUCCUGUACCAUCCCACGUGCAGUCAAGGCAAAUAUGAAGCCGCCAAUUCAUUCCAUCGCAGCCCCACUCAUUCUCUCCCCAGCGGUUGCUGCACAUCACCGCACCCCUAACCCCAUGCCCCCAGCCGUCGGAGCCAGCCCGCAAUGCAUGGCAGCGAAUACGCAUGUAGCACACGUGGUACACGAAAGCGAGUUACAAGGGAUGUGA